GUCUGGGACCCCGGACGCUUUGAGCAGCUCAGAGUCCCAGAAGAGGAGCUCACUGAGGAAGAAGGAGCCCAGGCCCCUCCAAGCAGCUGCCGGACAGCAGCCUGGGCCCUGCGGCUAGCCCGGGCCAGCCAGACUCAGGGCGGCCCCUCCUGGAAGCUUGCUCCUCCUGAAGGAUGCUUUGGGAGUGAGCCGCUGGCCUUGUGCAGUCCUGCAGUAUCUCCAGAGAAGGGGAGAAGGCAGUGAGGAGGGCUUCCUGGAGGGGGUGGCAGCCCAGAGCCUGGGACUCUGCUUACAGGAGAAGACAUUCCCGCAGCAAGGGCAUCAGGAAGCCAUGGCAGCAACAAUCCUCACAGGCCGGUUCUUAUUGCUGUCCCUGCUGCUACUGCUGGGAGCCCAGGCCUCCCAGGGGCUGGUGGUCACACCCUCAGACCCGGAGCUGGUCCUCAACAUCUCCAGCACCAUCGUUCUGACCUGCUCGGACUCCGUGCCCGUGGUGUGGGAACGACCGUCCCAGGAGACCCCACAGGAAAUGACCCAGACCCCGGACGGCAACUUCUCCAGCACGCUGACGCUGACCAAUGUCACCGGGUUGGACACAGGAGAAUAUUUUUGCACGUCCAACAGCUCCCACGAGCUGGAGCCCGGGGAACAACACCGGUUGUACAUCUUUGUACCAGAUCCCACCAUGGGCUUCCUCCCUACCAGUUCGGAAGACCUGUUCAUCUUUCUUUUGGAAGUGGCUGAGGUCACGAUCCCGUGCCGGGUGACAGACCCACAGCUGGUGGUGACACUGCACGAGAAGAGAGUGGACAUCCCCCUGCCCAUCCCCUACGACCACCAACGGGGCUUCUCUGGUUUCUUCGACGACAAGACCUACAUCUGCAAAACCACCAUCGGGGACAGGGAGGUGGAGUCUGAAACCUACUAUGUCUACAGCCUCCAAGUGUCCACCAUCAACGUCUCCGUGAACGCCGUGCAGACUGUGCUCCGCCAGGGCGAGAACAUCACCAUCAUGUGUGUGGUGACCGGGAGCGAGGUGGUCAACUUUGGGUGGUCAUACCCCCGCAUGGAGAGCGGGCGGCGGGUGGAGCCUGUGACCGACUUCCUCUUGGAUGUGCCCUCCCAUCUCCUCUCCAUCCUGCACAUCUCCAAUGCCGAGGUGAGCGACUCGGGGACCUACCUCUGCACCGUCUCCGAGAGCGUGAGCGAGCACCAGGACCAGAAGGCCGUCAACAUCACCGUGGUGGAGAGUGGUUACCUGCUGCUGCUGGAGGAGCUGGCCGACAUACAGUAUGCCGACCUGCACCGGAGCCGCACGCUGCAGGUGAGCUUCGAGGCCUACCCGCCGCCCACCGUCAUAUGGCUCAAGGACAACCACACCUUGGGGGACCGCAGCACCGGCGAGAUCUCUGUGUCCACUCGCAACGUGUCCGAGACCCGGUACGUGUCAGAACUGACCCUGGUGCGGGUGAAGGUGGCCGAGGCCGGACGCUACACCAUGCGGGCCUUCCACGAAGACGCCCAGGUCCAGCUCUCCUUCCAGCUGCAGGUCAACGUCCCUGUUCGAGUGCUGGAACUGAGUGAGAACCACCCAGCCAGUGGGGAGCAGAUGGUCCGCUGUCGAGGCCGGGGCAUGCCCCAGCCGCACCUCACCUGGUCUACCUGCAGCGACCUCAAGAGGUGUCCCCGGGAGCUGCCCCCCAUCCCCCUGGGGAACAGUUCCGAGGAAGAGAGCCGGCUGGAAACGAACGUGACGUACUGGGCGGAGGAGCAGGAGUUCGAGGUGCUGAGCACGCUCCGCCUGCACCGGGUGGACCAGCCGCUGUCCGUGCGCUGCACGUUGCGCAACCUGCUGGGCUACGACACGCAGGAGGUCACCGUGGUACCGCACUCACUGCCCUUCAAGGUGGUGGUGAUCUCAGCCAUCCUGGCCCUGGUGGUCCUCACCAUCAUCUCCCUCAUCAUCCUCAUCAUGCUCUGGCAGAAGAAGCCCCGCUAUGAGAUCCGCUGGAAGGUGAUCGAGUCGGUGAGCUCCGAUGGACACGAGUACAUCUACGUGGACCCCAUGCAGCUGCCCUAUGACUCCACGUGGGAGCUGCCGCGGGACCAGCUUGUGCUCGGACGCACCCUCGGCUCCGGGGCCUUUGGACAGGUGGUGGAGGCUACGGCACACGGCCUGAGCCACUCCCAGGCCACGAUGAAGGUGGCAGUCAAGAUGCUGAAAUCCACAGCCCGCAGCAGCGAGAAGCAAGCCCUCAUGUCAGAGCUGAAGAUCAUGAGCCACCUCGGGCCCCACCUGAACGUGGUCAACUUGCUGGGGGCCUGCACCAAGGGAGGGCCCAUCUACAUCAUCACUGAGUACUGCCGCUACGGCGACCUGGUCGACUACCUGCAUCGCAAUAAACACACCUUCCUGCAGCACUGCUCCGACAAGAGCCACCCACCCGGUGCCCAGCUCUACAGCAAUGCCCUGCCCAUCGGGCUCCCCCUGCCCAGCCAUAUAUCUCUGACUGGGGAGAGUGAUGGCGGCUACAUGGACAUGAGCAAGGACGAGUCGGUGGACUACGUGCCCAUGCUGGACAUGAAAGGGGACAUCAAAUAUGCAGAUCUGGAAUCUUCCAGCUACAUGGCCCCUUACGACAACUACGUCCCCUCUGCUCCCGAGAGGACCUGUCGGGAAACUUUGAUCAACGAGUCCCCAGUGCUUAGCUACAUGGACCUUGUGGGCUUCAGCUACCAGGUGGCCAAUGGCAUGGAGUUCCUGGCCUCCAAGAACUGUGUCCACCGAGACCUGGCGGCCAGGAAUGUGCUAAUCUGUGAGGGCAAGCUGGUCAAGAUCUGUGACUUCGGCCUGGCUCGGGACAUCAUGCGGGACUCGAACUACAUCUCCAAAGGCAGCACCUUCCUGCCCCUGAAGUGGAUGGCCCCCGAGAGCAUCUUCAACAGCCUCUACACCACGCUGAGCGACGUGUGGUCCUUCGGGGUCCUGCUAUGGGAGAUCUUCACCCUGGGUGGCACGCCUUACCCGGAGCUGCCCAUGAACGAGCAGUUCUACAAUGCCAUCAAGCGAGGUUACCGCAUGGCUCAGCCUGCCCAUGCUUCAGACGAGAUCUACGAGAUCAUGCGGAAGUGUUGGGAGGAGAAGUUUGAGAUCCGGCCCCCCUUCUCCCAACUCGUGCUGCUGCUUGAGAGACUGCUGGGAGAGGGCUACAAAAAGAAGUACCAGCAGGUGGAUGAGGAGUUUCUGAGAAGCAACCACCCAGCCAUCCUUCGCUCCCAGGCCCGCCUGCCUGCCUUCCACAGCCUCCGCUCUGCCCUGGACACCAGCUCGGUGCUCUACACCGCCGUGCAGCCUGAGGGUGACAACGACUAUAUCAUCCCCCUGCCUGACCCCAAACCCGAGGGGGCCGAGGAAGGGCCGUUGGAGGGCUCACCGAGUCUUGCAAGCUUCACCCUGAACGAAGUCAACACCUCUUCCACCAUCUCCUGUGACAGUCCCCUGGAGCCUCAGGAGGAGCGGGAGCCGGAGCCGGAGCCGGAGCCCAAGCCGGAGUCUAAGCCUGAGCCUGAGGCUGAGCCCAAGCCUGAGCCUGAACCCGAGCCCAAGCCCGAGCUGGAGCCGGAGCCGGAGCCGGAGCCGGAGCUUGUGUCUGAGCCGGAACCGGAGUCACUGCUGGUUUCAGGCUGCCCAGGGCCUCUGGCCGAGGUGGAGGACAGUUUCCUGUAGAGGCCGGCCCUGCCCCUGCCUGCUGGAAGCUCCCUCUACCUCCCAGCACCCAGCACCUCCUGGCCUGACCUGGCCUGCCAUCAGCCAGGCUGCCCCAUUAGCUGCCCUCCUCUGGAAGGCAUCCAAUCUGGCACGGUACGUCCCAAUCCCAGGGACUGAGGUGGCAAGAGAACCACGGCUUCCCCCCACACCGGGGCCUCAGUUUCCCCCUCUGUAAGACGGGAUAGUGGGGCUGGGGGGGGCGGUGUCCCACAAUCUGCCAUUGUGUCUCUGACUGACAAGUGGAGUGGGGAGUCCGGAAUCCCUUUGGAGCAGCUUGGGUUAAUGAGGUGGCAAAUAGUUUCUCCCUUCAGCCAACCAGCCCUCAGGGAGCUGCAGCCUGCGGGCCUCUCUGACCUGUGUCUCUGCUGCACUGGCGAGGCUCCCGGCGGACUGGGGCCUGGCCUUGGGCAGCGUGGGCUCAAGCAGAAGACCAUUCUUCACGUCCCCAGGCCCGAGCUAGUCUGGGGCCGUGUGUGCUUCACUCACGGUGGGGCUGGGCCACGCGUGGGACCCCCCCCACGCCCCCACGCUGUAGCUCUUGCCUGGGGCCCUCCGGACACAGCCCUCCACCGACUGCAUGCAGUCUCCGUGUCUCCUGGGACCUGGCGUCUUCUCUAUAAGCACCCUCAGUCUGCUCUACCCACCAGCCUCUCAAGGGCCAGACUGGCUCUGUGAUGCUCGUGUGGACAUGCCUGCAGGCGGUGUCCACAUGCGGCCGGUAUGCGGGUGGCCUUGCCUGCCUUGGGCCUGCUAUGAGAGCCUGGAGGAAGCCUGGCUCUCUGGGCCACAGCACCCACCUUGGAAAGUGAGCAGGCUGAAUGCACGACACCGAGUGCCCCGUCAGCGCUAGCAUCCUGGAAUAUUCUGGGGACGGGGGCUGCCUGGUGAGGCAGAGCUGGACACCCCAAACCCUGCUCUGGGGGUCAGCUGGGGUCUCGGGAGUUUCCGGAACACACAUCACGCUCCAGAGAUUCAGGAACUGUGCCCCUUCCCCGGCAGCCUCGGGAAACCAACUGUCCCUGCCUUGACUUUGGGUGACAGCCGCGUCCUGGAAACCCCCCUCCGUGCAGCUGCCCUGGGGACGCAGCGAGACCUCGGGACCCCUUCCAGACCUCCUGUGACCUCUCUGGAGUCAUUCUGGGGUACGGAGGGCAACUCGAACCACCCAGCUUCUGCUGCCCAAGCCUAUGGCACAGACACGGGCAGUCAGGAGGCCCAGAGGGCCCUGUCAAGGACAGGACGCCUGGCAUGGGUGCCGCGGGAAAGGGGUUUCAGACUCAGGGCUGGUGGAUGGUCCCCAGCCCAGACCUCCGUGGUCUCCCUGCUGUUGGGGGUGUCCUGUGGCCCUCCAGCUGUCCCACUGCCGGGGCAGUGCCCCAUGGGGGGUGGUUCUCCUGCUCACCUCAGUUCCUCUGCCAGCCACAGUGACCCAGGAGCAUCAGAGGUGCUGAGGGAGAGGGGACAGCAGCCAAGUGUGCAGGCAGGGAGAGGUGGGGAGGGGAGGGGAGCUCUGGCACCAGCACCCACCCCUGCUGGUGGGCACUCUCUGCCCCCCACCUUGCCGGCCCCUGAAGCUGGGCCCAAGAGAAGCAAGGGGGCUCUCACUACGGUACCAAAGAUGUAAUCACCUAGGUCUACAUAUUUUUAGGACUCACGUUAACUCACAUUUAUACAACAGAAGUGCUAUUUUGUAUGCUGCGCAGUUUUUCCUAUCUGUACUUUUUUUUAAGAGAAAGAUUUUAAUAUUAAACACGGUGCUUCUCCCUUAA